AUGACAGACAAAUUUGUGGUAGAUGUCUUGGUCUUUGCAAGUCCACCAGCAUCAAAUAUCGAAAUUAUUCUAAGAAAUCAUAGAAUAAAAUUCGAAGGACGCACGAUCAAGGUGUUAGAAGCGUCAAGUUUUGAAACAAUUCGUGAAUUCGAUUGUUCUCUAGUAUUGAACAAACCAAUGAAGCACCCAGGGGACCGAUGUAGAACUAUCCUUUCCGUUAUAUUCGCUCCAUCAGGCGGACUACAGUUGGCAUUCUAUGAUUCAAACAUGGAUUACGUUGGCUAUGUAGUUGAGGAAUUCAAUAAAUUCCUUAUAUCCAAUAAAGACCAUGUCAUACAAAAACGAGCGUUAAUUGAGUAUGCCACUGUGGUGACGAUGAUAGACAAAUUCGUGGUAGAUGUCAUGGUCCCUCCAAACCCACCAGAAUACUUGAGCAAGGCUAUUCUGAAAGAGCAUAGAAUAUCAUUCGAAGGACGGACAAUCCAGGUGUUAAAUGGAUCAAGUUUUGAUACAGUUCGAAAAUACGAUUCCUCUCUAUUAUUAAACAAACUAUUGAAGCACCCAAAUUCGCAAGAGAGAGAGAGAGAUAUAAUAAUUCUUUCUAUUCGAUUCCAAAACGCAGAGGGAAUAAAGUUGGCAUUCUCUGGUUCAAACGGUGAUUACGCUGGAUAUGUUGUUAAUAAAUUCAAUGGGUUCCUCGAAGCGAAUCAAUGUCAAAUUCGACAAAGUCGAGCGAAAAUCGAGAACAUCCCAACUGUUUAUACACAGCAAAGUAUAACUCCAUCAAAUCCCACCAAAAAAAGAAGAGCUGAAUGGGGAUUUGAAAUCGAACAAAAACAAGAUAAUAAUAAAAAGUUGAUUUGUUUGGACAACACACAACAGAAGGAACAAAUUCAAGACCUCAACCCAAAUAACGAGAUAGACGCAAAUGAAGUAGACAAUCUUCCUGUUGAGAAAAAUUGGACAAUUCAUGUCGAAGGUCAAAUCAUCACAGGUGACAAGGAUGCUCUCUCAGCAAUUGAGAUAACUAGGAAUGAAGAAGUGGAAGAUAUCCGCAAAGCUCGUAAAGCAGCUGGAAAGGGAUCAAAGAUUGAUGCAGUUGUAGAAGAAGACAACAGUAAAAAAAACCGAUGCACAGAAACAAAUCAAGAUCUCCGGAAAAAAUAA